UUUGGGCGGAGCUCAAACGGUGGCUCGAUGACGCACUGGAGCCACUGAGCUCCUGGCCCCUCCCCAAACAACAUAACUAGAGCACACAUUCGCGUCAGUUCGCCGUUCAAUCGCGAGUUUCUGUGGACUACCAUCGUUUAAAUACCUUGACCGGAGCAUAACUGGUUAACUUCACACAAGAGACCUACUGUUGGACAAUCGUUUUGGCUUUAAAGGUAAAUGCAUUGUUAGUUACAAUGUCUAGUUACUGGGCCAAAAGGAGACGAAUAUUGAAAGGAGUUGAGAGGGACAAACAGGAAAUUGCAGCUGCAAACGAUGCUCUACUUGCUGUUAUUCCUGACUUUGACCAAGUAAAUCCUCCUGUAAAUGAACAUCAACAUGUGAAGACAUUUAUGAAGGGAGCAGAAUGUUGGCAAGAGGCGAUGAGAUAUUUGAUGCGCUUCCAAACAGGUUCUAGCGUUGAAACGACGGACGAUGACAAGAAGAGAAAGGGAAAGAGAAUCUCAAAUUCCAAGUACAGACCCCAGGCCUCUUCUGAUGAAGAGGAGUCUAGUCUUCCAGAUGCACCAGCAGUGCUGUCGUUUGGACAACCUCUUUUGAGCUUUGAAAACAUUGUUCCUGGUAACAAGGUUUCAGUGCUGCCCGAUGCUCCAGAAGUUGCAUCGAUUCCAGAAAACCAGGAAAAUGUUGUGCCAUCUGUAGACUUCAGAGGUGAACCAGGUUUCUCCCCAGAAAUUCAGACUCCACUUCACAGAGCCAAGAGUUUGAGUACAAGACACUUGACUGGUUACUCGCCGCAGCAGUUUCUGGAUGAAAGGUGUCGAGCUCGUCAAGUACUAAGCUUUACACCCCCAGCAGCAAAUUUACCCUGGCAGCAUAUGGGUGAAAACGCUGGAGGAGAAAGUCAUCGCUCUGUAAUUGGCCCUUGGACUCCCCUGGCAUCUCGUGUACAGCAUGAAGUUUUCAGCUAUGAAGAUUUCCAGAGACUCCAGAAUGAAAAACAAGCCGUGAUGGAGGAGAACCAAGCCCUUAGGGAGGAAAACCAAGCCCUUAGGGAGGAGAACCAAGCUCUGAGGGAGGAGAACCAAGCUCUGAGGGAGGAGAACCAAGCUCUGAGGGAAAGCACUGCACGAGCAGCUUCGGAUGACAGCGGCUCACUUCAAGAGCAGGUGAAGCAAGUUGGGACAAUGUUGAAGACGUUUGCUCGCACUGGGCAAUCAGGUGCAGAUCAGACCUUAAUGCUGCGACGUCUUGGAGAGUUUGGCGAUGUUGUGCGUAGCAUGGACAACAAAAUGGACACUAUGCUGCAACAUUUCAGUGCCAAUGUGUCUGUUGGAGAGUUAUCCCUGCCAGGGGAUCUGUUACUCCCCCUAGACACCCAGGAAGAUUUGGCGUUGCUUGACAACAGUUUGAGGCAGGAUAAAGAGCUCCAGGAACGAUUUCUUCGGUUUUUGGCAAUCAAAUGUGGGAGGGACCUAAAGACAACCGUCUGGCGGAUGCUUCAAAGUAUCUUCUCUAAUCACCUUUCCAUCAAUACAACCUGGACUGGAGUUGGGGAUAAAGCAUGUUUUAGAGACAUGUUCCUGAAGACCAUUGUUCAAAGAGCCAUCCGGAAGAACCCGGCAACACAGGAUGCCACUGAUGAAGCCAUCCAGGUUAACGUUACGCGUUACUUGAAAGGAGCAUCUGACCGUGAAGGCGGAAAAAGGCGCCGCACAGCUGAGAGGGACCCACAGCCGACCCCUUAAACCUAGGCUGACUACUGACAUCCCAGCAUCACUGACAACUGGAACCCUUUCUUUAUCCUGCAGUCAGUAACAUCAAGACCCCUAAAGAAGCCAGAAGUGUCAGACUGCACUCCCCAAUCCACACUGUUCACUGUGGAUAUUAUCAUAGUGCUUAACUUAUUAUAUUGUUAAAUAUAGCUUGUAAAUCCUUGUGCCACAGGUCAGCAUUGCCGUUAUAUCUGUUCUACUACUUUUUUUACCUCAGUAUUUUUUAUAUAUAUUUGAAGAUGUUUAUCACAGAUACAGGAGACAUCUUGUACCCCAGGUCAGCAAUGCCAUUAUAAUGGUCUAUUCUACUCCAGAGCUUUAUUCUAAAUUAUUACCACUUAUCUUAUUGUUAGAAAUGGCUUGUAAAUGUGAUGUUAUACCUGAAUUUUUUUUGGUGUCCUGCACAUUCUUUGGUACCAGAUAUACUCAUUACUUAUGUUUACUGGUAAUUCUUUUCAUGCCAGAGCUGACCUCUUUAUAUUAUUAACAAUUAUUGUAAGUGUUAUAAUUUGCUUGUAAGCUAAGGCUGUUUUUUUUUUUUUAACAAUUUAAUUGGAAACCUGCAUGUGUGUGUGUGUGUGUGUGUGUGUGUGUAUUUAUUUAUUUUUUUUCUCUUUUUUUCUGUUAUUUAUAUUUCAGGGAUCUGACAUCAUGUUUCAAUGACAGUUACUGUACUUUGAAAUGUGGAAUUAAAACGUCAAAUGGAAA